CAAAAACAUUCAACUCCAGAAAGUCUUUACGUCGGGAUUGUAUUGGAUUUUAUUCCAAGUUAAUCCGCUAUUUCGUCUUUUUAUGGGAAUCGCACACAAUGAGCAGUGACGACCUUUUUGAUGCUGUUGACGCCCUUGAGCAACAGCAGUAUCAUGCUGGGGAGGAAGAAGGUCUAGAAGAGGGUCGUAAGAAACACAUAACGACAGGUGCACUACUUGGAUGGCAACAGGCAUGUCACAUCCAGCAGGAACUCUGUCGUAUUGAAGGACUUUUUGAAUCUCUGCUGCUGAACUGCCAAUCAGACAUCAACCCCAAACUACAGAAUCAAAUGGAAAAGCUCCUUGCGACCAUCAGGGAGAGUCCAAACUGGGACCCGGCUGAUGAGGAGACCAUGGAGGCCAAACUCACUGCUAUCCAUACCAAGAGUAGAUACAUCCUGCAGCGACUGAAAAUACCAGCCAAAGUUAUUGACAGAAGUGUUGAUGGGGAUUUUUAAAGAGACAUAUUUCUGAUAGAUAUUUAAUUGAAAUGUAUUGGAAACGGAUUUUGCUCAGUAGAGGUAUUAAUUUUUAUGCAACUCCUUUUCUGAAUUUUCCAAUGAUUGGAAAGGAUGUGAUAUAAUGUCUAAUUUACUGUGUAUUAGUACAUAUAAAUAUUCUUUUAAG